UUGAAUCUCCGGGGGAAGAAGUCUGUGUGGCCAAGGUGUUUGUGUCCUUGGAAAUUUGAUUUUGCUUUGGUGUUAUUCACCGUUCGCCAAACACACUACGAAAGAUGUGGCAGAGCGUUCUCGCCGUAUUGGCUCUUGUGGCUAGUGCGUCAGCAGUAUCACCAAUUGGAGUUUUGUCACAAGCUGACCAAAGCCGCCUAGGGAAGGUUUUCUCAUCUGGACUAGCGUCAUCAGAUGUAGCAUCUAUUCAUUAUUCAGCGGCUGGAUUAGGUCUGCUUGGCGCCAGUAUUCCAAAUAGCCAGAAUGCUUGUACUCAAGUAAAGAAGGGGUUGAACGCCCAAAGCGCUGAGUCGGUAUACCAUGCCGCAUCUGCUGCGAAGGCACUUGGAAAUUGCAAGUUGGACAUUGCAAAUGCCGACUCUGUUUUGAGCAUUGCUGAUGGUACCGAUUCUCAGCCCAUCUACUAUGCUAUUGCCGCUCGCAAGGCUCUUGGCCUGCCAGUUGAUGCUGCUGCCGCUGCCAAAAGCUUGGUAUCGGUUGUCCAGGGAAGCAAGGUUUCCAUUGCCAGCCACGGAUAUGCACUACUUGCUGCCAGCAUUUUGGGAAAGUCUGAUGCCCUGAAGCCUGUUGUUGAGACCAUCGAGGAUGUGGUAAACUUUGCUGAUGAAUAUGGUGGCAACGUUCUGCAGUUCCUUCACUAUGACCAGGACGGUCUUCCCGUGACUGCUGCCAUUGUCAACGGCAUGUUUGCACUCUCCUCAGGAGCACCAGCUGGUGUCAAGGCUGAUCAAGUCAUCAUGCUUGCCAACUAUUUCCUCAGAAGCCGCUUCACCGCCUCUGCUGCUGAUGCAUACCAUGUCCUCAUGUCCCUGAAGACUAUUGCAGGUGGAAAGUACUCACCUAUAACGAUGAGCUUGGUUGGCUCUUCAUCCGUCUCUGCUGCCAAGCCUGUUGUCAAGGUCCGUGCCACCAACUUGCUUGAUGCCGCAGUCAAGGGUGUUUCUGUCACUCUCGUCGCUGCUGGUCAGCAGGAUGAGGAGGAGCUCGUUUCUGACUCUAAGCUCAAGGCUGAUAAGAAUGGUGAGUUUUCCGCUGACCUCUCAGGCAAGAACGCUCCUCGUGGUGCCUAUUCUUUCAAAUUCACUGCUUCUUCCUCGGACAAGCAGUUCGUUGAGCUGGAAGAGUUCUCUGUUGAUGUCAACUUGGUUGACCCCGUGAAGAUCACCUCUGCUGAGUUCGUUAUCCUGGAUGCUGACCAGGAUGUCAAGGCAAAGACUGUUAGCUUGUCCUAUCCCAAGACCAGCUCUGAUAAGCUCUCUGCUGACCAGCACCAGCGCCUGGCACUGUCAUUCAAUGCUCAGGACUCCCAGGGCGAGGCUGUUGUUUUGCACCAGAUGUUUGUCCAGAUGACCCACCGUGCCACUGGCCAGGAAAUUUUCUUUGUUGCCGAGUCUGAUGAGGACCGUUACAAGUGUGAAGUGAAUCUUGGAUCUGCUGCAAAGGAGUCCUUCAACUCCAACUCUGGAGACUAUGACAUGACUCUUAUCGCUGGUGAUGGUCUCGUCACUGAAUCCGUCUCAUGGAAGUUCGGCUCUAUUUCUUUGUCAUUCCCCGGCACUCCAGCAACAGGAAAGGCCAAGCUGCAGUAUGGAGCCCGUCCAGAAAUCCAGCACAAAUUCCGCGAGCCAGAGAAGCGGCCUGCCGCAGUCAUCUCCAAUGCCUUCACUCUUGCCGUGCUGUCACCCAUCCUCUUGCUUCUCGUUGCUUGGAUGCGUGUCGGUGUAAACCUGAACGACUUUAGCAAGGGUGGUCUCAAUGGCAUUCUCUUCCUGGCUGGCCUUAUCGCCAUCAUGCUUAUUUAUGCUUACUUCUGGCUGGCAUCGAACAUGUUCUCUACUAUCAAACUGCUGACCCUCGUUGGAAUCCCAACGUUCAUCUUUGGCAACCGUCUCCUGGCUGGAAUGGCAGCUCAGAGUUAGAGGCAGUGAAUGCCGUGGUCAUGAGAACGCCCAGUGCGCUCGCUUGCUUUCUAUCUUAUUGUCAUGGCUGCUUGCUACAACCGCAAGCAAUGUCGCUUGGCUUGCAAACGGCUUGGCUGCUAGGACCGUUAAACUCUUAACCCUGCUGCAUGUACUAGAUGUGGAAGAAGGCCAACAACUGCAACAAUCACAACCACAGUUUUCAUCUCUUCCUUCUUCACUGAUUGAACAUAAAAAUAUUUCAUUAUAUUCAUGUACUACUUUUUGUUCUCUGUCCUAGAUCAUUUUGGGCAAUUGAAUACAUUUUGAGAUUGGUCCAAACCAAUAAAGCGAUACGUGGCCGGUGUGCUCGUGUGGUGUAA